AUGGGGCAGCUGCCUCUGGAAGCAGCCAAAAUGUCCCCAGCUGCAGCAGGGGCACCCUGGCCUGCCCCCUCCAAGCCUGGCAGAGCUCAGAAUAACCCUGAGAACCAGGCAGCAGGAUGGCAGGGGCUCUGCUUGGGGUCCUGCUCCUCUUGGGGCUUCUCGCUUGACCCCAUCGCAGGCAGGGGUGUGGGGAAGAACGAGGAACUGCGUCUUUAUCACCAUCUCUUCGACAACUAUGAUCCAGGAAGCCGGCCAGUGCGGGAGCCUGAGGAUACUGUCACCAUCAGCCUCAAGGUCACCCUGACGAAUCUCAUCUCACUGAAUGAAAAAGAGGAGACUCUCACCACUAGCGUCUGGAUUGGAAUCGACUGGCAGGAUUACCGACUCAACUACAGCAAGGACGACUUUGGGGGUAUAGAAACCCUGCGAGUCCCUUCAGAACUCGUGUGGCUGCCAGAGAUUGUGCUGGAAAACAAUAUUGAUGGCCAGUUCGGAGUGGCCUACGACGCCAACGUGCUGGUCUACGAGGGCGGCUCCGUGACGUGGUUGCCUCCAGCCAUCUACCGCAGCGUCUGCGCGGUGGAGGUCACCUACUUCCCCUUCGAUUGGCAGAACUGUUCGCUUAUUUUCCGCUCUCAGACGUACAAUGCCGAAGAGGUGGAGUUCACCUUUGCCGUAGACGACUACGGCGAGACCAUUAACAAGAUCGACAUCGACACAGAGGCCUAUACUGAGAACGGUGAGUGGGCCAUCGACUUCUGCCCGGGGGUGAUCCGCCGCCACCACGGUGGCGCCACCGACGGCCCAGGGGAGACUGACGUCAUCUACUCGCUCAUAAUCCGCCGGAAGCCGCUCUUCUACGUCAUUAACAUCAUCGUGCCCUGUGUGCUCAUCUCGGGCCUGGUGCUGCUCGCCUACUUCCUGCCAGCGCAGGCCGGCGGCCAGAAAUGCACGGUCUCCAUCAACGUCCUGCUCGCCCAGACUGUCUUCUUGUUCCUCAUAGCCCAGAAAAUCCCAGAGACGUCUCUGAGCGUGCCGCUCCUGGGCAGGUUCCUUAUUUUCGUCAUGGUGGUCGCCACGCUCAUUGUCAUGAAUUGCGUCAUCGUGCUCAACGUGUCCCUGCGGACGCCCACCACCCACGCCGUGUCCCCGCGGCUGCGCCACGUUCUUCUGGAGCUGCUGCCGCGCCUCCUGGGCUCCCCGACGCCCCCCGAGGCCUCCCGGGCCGCCUCGCCCCCAAGGCGGGCGUCGUCGGUGGGCUUACUGCUCCGCGCGGAGGAGCUGAUACUGAAAAAGCCACGGAGCGAGCUCGUGUUUGAGGGGCAGAGGCACCGGCACGGGGCCUGGACGGGUGAGCACAGUGGCCCGGCCGGCCGCGGGGCGUGCCUGCCACGGGGGAGGCUCCUAAGGCCCACCCCGGUGUUUUCCCUGCCAGCUGCCUUCUGCCAGAGCCUGGGUGCCGCCGCCCCCGAGGUCCGCUGCUGUGUGGAUGCCGUGAACUUCGUGGCCGAGAGCACGAGAGAUCAGGAGGCCACCGGCGAGGAAGUGUCCGACUGGGUGCGCAUGGGGAAUGCCCUUGACAACAUCUGCUUCUGGGCCGCUCUGGUGCUUUUCAGCGUGGGCUCCAGCCUCAUCUUCCUCGGGGCCUACUUCAACCGAGUGCCUGAUCUCCCCUACCCACCGUGUAUCCAGCCUUAGCGCGUACCGACUUCAAUUUCCCACCCAUCUCCAGUGGGAAAUUGAUUUUGAAAAAGUAGGCUGCCGCCACCACGGCAUUAUGAUCCCUUCCCACUGCUGAUCAAUCUGCAUUUUGUGAACUUCGCAAGAAGAAUGGUGUGUGCCCACUCCUUGGCGUGUGUAGGCCUGGCCGCAGUCCAGGGGUCAGCAGGAGGAAACGGUUCACACAGGCUCUCAGGUGCCAGUCCUCCAGAAAGCAAGGACUGCCCUUCAGCCUUGCUGACCUCCCAGCCUUUCUCAGGCCCAGCCCCACGGGAUUCUGGUGGCUGCCAGCUUGUGAGCUAUAUAUAUUCCUCUCAUAGCCAAACAGGAGACCCCUUUGCAGGACUUGCACAGGGGGAGGCUGGAGCCAGGAAACCCCCUUCUUCCCUGGUCUGGCUCUGCUGGAGCGGGUGGGAACCAAACACCUUCAGUGCUGGUGGC